AUGGCGACUCCAUUUCUGGUCUCCUUCGACCCUUCGGCCCCUGGCCUCUCACUCAAGCAGAUCGCCUACUUCGGCCGUAACUUCCGUCUGCUGGACGUCUACGUCGAUGCCACCGCGAUUUCCACCACUGGUGACCUCGUCGAUAUCCUCAAUGCCGGUGCCGCGAAGAUCUUCAUUACCCUAGACCAAUUGACCGCCCUCUCCCAAGAACAGUCCGUUCCCUCGUCACGAGUCGUCGUCUAUACUUCGUCCGACAGUCAGGUGGACUCCUUCCAGAAGUGGGUGGCUGAGGAUUCCGAGCGUAAGGAAGCCGGUCUCUCGACCGAUUCGUCCGCCGUGAAGGCCUUGGUCGACAAAUUGGGCCUGAACCCCGAAGCCCAGGGUCUCUACCGGACGUACUCCGGCGCUGUUACUGAGGAAACUUUGAAGGACACCUUGACCCAGGGUGCGGUCAGCAUCGUGCCCGCGCAAGCCUUGACUCUGGAUCGCAACCAGGCCGAUGGCAAGAUCGUCGCCGCCUCUCUCAUCGCAGCUCGUGCAGUCGCUGAUCAGAGCAACGGCCUCUAUGCCACCACGGUGACCGACGAGAGAGGAACCUGCUUGGGCCUCGUGUGGAGCAGCGACGAGAGCAUUUCCGAAGCGCUGCGCACGGGCACCGGUGUUUACCAGAGCCGUAAGCGGGGCCUGUGGUACAAGGGUCAGUCGAGCGGCGAUGUGCAGGAACUGAUCCGAGUUGGGUUCGAUUGCGACAGCGAUUGCUUAGUGUUCGUUGUCAACCAGAUCGGUCGAGGCUUCUGCCACCUGGGUACCGCCAGCUGCUUCGGUCCUUACAACGGUCUUUCGCGUCUGCAGAAGACCCUGCAAGCCCGCAAAGCCGAUGCCCCCGAAGGUUCCUACACUGCUAGGCUCUUCAACGAGCCCAAGCUCACCCAGGCGAAGAUCAUGGAAGAAGCCGACGAGCUGUGCCGCGCAAACACCAAGGAAGAGAUUGCCUUUGAGGCUGCCGAUCUUCUCUAUUUUGCUCUGACCCGCUGUGUCGCAGCUGGAGUCAGCCUGGAAGAUGUCGAGCGGAACCUGGACCUCAAGAGCCUGAAGGUGAAGAGAAGAAAGGGCGACGCCAAGGGCCCUUGGGCAGAGAAGGCCGGUCUGGCCGCUCCUGCCUCUGCUCCCGCUCCCGCCCCCGCGGCCGUGGAGAAGAGCCAGCCCCCGGCCAAGGAGGACAGCCGCAUUGAGAUGACUCGUGUCAUCACCGCUUCGACCCCGGUGGAGGAUGUUAAGGCUUACCUGAAGCGUCCUUCGCAAAAAUCCAACGAUGCGAUUAUUGGCCUUGUCCGUCCGAUCAUCCAGGAUGUCCGCGAGCACGGCGAUGCCGGUGUUCUCAAGUACACUCACAAAUUCGAGAAGGCUACUUCCCUCACCUCUCCCGUUAUCAACGCCCCAUUCGCUCCGGAAUUGAUGCAGGUGUCGCCCGAAACAAAGGAGGCGAUUGAUGUUAGUAUUGCCAACAUCGCCAAGUUCCACAGUGCACAGAAGGGUAGCAACGACGGCCUCAAGGUCGAGACGAUGCCUGGCGUCGUUUGCUCCCGCUUUUCACGAGCCAUUGAACGCGUUGGUUUGUACAUUCCCGGCGGAACCGCCGUGCUGCCUUCGACCGCCAUGAUGUUGGGUGUGCCUGCCAUGGUUGCUGGCUGCAAGAAGAUCGUCCUUGCUUCGCCCCCUCGUGCCGACGGCAGUAUCACGCCUGAGAUUGUCUACGUUGCUCACAAGGUCGGAGCGGAGAGUAUUGUGCUUGCCGGUGGUGCCCAGGCGGUUGCUGCCAUGGCGUACGGCACGGAGAGCAUCAGCAAGGUUGACAAGAUCUUGGGCCCCGGUAAUCAGUUCGUGACAGCCGCUAAGAUGCUGGUCUCCAACGAUACCUCUGCGGGCGUCAGCAUUGAUAUGCCCGCCGGCCCUAGUGAAGUCCUGGUGAUUGCAGACAAGGAGGCCAACCCCGCGUUCGUUGCCUCGGAUCUGCUGAGCCAGGCCGAACACGGUGUCGACUCCCAAGUCAUUCUGAUUGCCAUUGACCUGAACGAGCAGCAGCUGCAGGCCAUCGAAGAUGAGGUGGACAAGCAGGCCAGAGCGCUCCCCCGGAUGGACAUUGUCAAGGGAUCUCUGGAGCACUCGGUCACCUUUGUGGUGCGUGACCUUGCCGAGGCGAUGGCUCUCAGCAACGAGUAUGCUCCAGAGCAUCUGAUCCUGCAGAUUGAGAACGCAGAGGCCGCCGUCGAACAGGUGCAGAACGCUGGAAGUGUCUUCAUUGGCCAGUGGACUCCAGAAAGUGUCGGCGACUACUCGGCCGGUGUGAACCACUCUUUGCCAACCUACGGAUAUGCCAAGCAAUACUCGGGCGUGAACCUGGGAUCGUUCCUCAAGCACAUUACGAGUUCCAACCUGACGGCUGACGGAUUGUUGGGCCUGUCGCGCACUGUUGAGCAGUUGGCGGCGGUGGAAGGCUUGGAUGCACACAAGCGGGCUGUGAGCAUCCGAGUAGCCCACAUGAAGGGACAAUAG